CUCAACUACCAAAUGGAGCUGUUGUAUGAAGUAGUGGGGAGCUUUCUUCUUCCUCCAGUCUCACAAAUAGCUCACCAGUUCUGACAACGGCGUGAGCAGACAUCACCUGAUCUCACCAAGAACAUGGCCGCCGGCGAGAGGCCGGCGACCAUGCGCGCCGUCCAGUACAGUGGCUACGGCGGCGGCGCCGCUGCCCUUAAGUUUGUGGAAAUCCCUGUUCCUUCUGUGAAGAAGGACGAAGUUCUCGUAAAAGUAGAAGCUGCAAGCAUCAAUCAAUCCGAUUUGAUGACUCAGAAAGGGAUGAUGCGCCCCUUUCACCCGAAAUUUCCAUUUAUUCCAGUAAAUAAUGUGUCCGGAGAGAUCGUUGAGGUUGGCUCUGCAGUACGCGAGUUCAAAGUUGGUGAUAAAGUUGUCUCCAAACUAGACUUCUGGACAGCAGGGGGCCUUGCUGAGUACGUGGCCACAUCGGACAAGCUCACCGUCGCUCGCCCUGCCGGAAUCUCCGCCGCUGACGCGGCGGGUGUGCCCGUCGCCGGCCUGACAGCGCUCCAGGCGCUCAAGGCCAUCGGCACCAAGUUCGACGGCUCGGGCACCAGCGGCGGCGCCGACGUUCUGAUCACCGCGGCCUCCAGCGGCGUGGGCACGUACGCCGUCCAGCUCGCCAAGCUCGGCAACCACCGCGUCACCGCCACAUGCGGCGCGCGCAACCUCGGCCUCGUCGCUGGCCUCGGCGCCGACGAGGUCCUCGACUACAAGACCCCGGAGGGGGCCGCGCUGUCGAGCCCCUCCGGCAAGAAGUACGACUACAUCGUCAACAUCAGUAACAAGAACAAGUGGUCGGUGUUCAAGCCGCGCCUGAGCAGCCAUGGCAGGGUCGUCGACGUCGCCCCCAACUUCGGCAACUUCGUGGCGUCGGUGGUGACGCUGUUCUCCCGGAGGAAGAAGCUGUCGCUGGUGAGCCUGAAGAUGAGCAAGGAGGACCUGGGGUUGCUGCUCGAGCUGAUGCGGGAAGGGAAGCUCAGGACGGUGGUCGACUCGCGGCAUCCGUUCGAGAAGGCGGCGGACGCAUGGGCGAGGAGCCUCAGCGGCCAUGCCACUGGAAAGGUCAUCGUGGAGAUGUGAGAUUAAGAUUCAGCGAUGGCUCUAAGCUUUGCUGUCAUUUAAAUGUAUGUGCUAUUACCAUAUUUGAUCAUGCCAUCGGUACACAACAAUCAAUCCGUACCCCUCAUCUGCGCUGGUUAAAAAAAUACUAUAUAUGAUUACUAUUAUAUUAAUAAAAUUUUUUGCAAAAA